AUGGCAUCCGACGCGGCCGCCGUCGCGACCGAGGCCCCGUCCCCGGCCCACUCGGUAGUAGUGACCGCCCCUCUGGCCGGAACCUUCACUCCACAGCAACAACAGGAGACGGCCAGGCUGCUCAAACGUCCGCGCGAAGACACACCUCCAUCGCCGAAUUCGUUGGCGUCACACGACCUGAAUCCCCUCGGGUCGCCCACCAAAUCUGCGCGUCUAGCCCUCGCUGUGGGCCCCUUACCGACACCGUUGACCGGAGCUGCCGCCCUGGAGGACGAGCGCUACCAACGCGAAGCCGAGGACGCUGCCCCCAGCCCUCCGGCAGGCAGCGACCACCCGAGCCAUAGAGUCCUCGCAUCGCUUCUUUCAGGGGCCACGGAAGCCAUGAGCCGCCCGGCCGACACCCCGCAGUCCGUCCCGACCGCUAGCAUGGAGCCGGGAUCGCCCAGGCAGAACAACAACGCGCCCAUGAUGGCCGCGGAGGCUGCCGACCGCGCCGACGAGGAGGGGGGCGACGCCAGCCCGCAGAGCCCCAACGGUAUAUCCGGUGCACCCGUCACCACUAGCCCGACGCCCAUGGACAUGGACAACAAGACGGACAGUGGCCUGGGUCACCGGGUGGCCGGGCAGGAGGAGAGGUCGCAGCCGAACUCCCUAUCAUAUCCGGGCUCCCUGCAAGCGAGCGGACACCUGGCAGAGCCAUCCCCGCGUGGCAUGAGCUAUCCAAUGCCGGUACACGGGCAGACGUCGCCGACGUCGGCAUCCAAGAAGCACAAGUGCCCCUACUGCGACAUCGAGUUCACGCGCCACCACAACCUCAAGAGCCACCUGCUCACGCACAGCCAAGAGAAGCCGUACGUGUGCACCGAGUGUCCGCUGCGGUUCCGCCGCCUCCACGACCUCAAGAGGCACGGGAAGCUUCACACGGGCGAGAAGCCACACAUCUGCCCCAAGUGCGACCGCAAGUUUGCCCGCGGCGACGCUCUAGCGCGUCACACAAAGGGCGCCGGUGGCUGUGCAGGGCGUCGGUCCAGCAUGGGCAGCUUCGUCGACGGUGACGAUCUCGAGAACCACACGCUCGGAGACGGAGACGACUCCACCAUGUCGGGGCUGGCCUACGACACGGGCGACGACGAGCUCCGGCGCCAGAGCAUGCCCACGAGUGCCUCUAGCGGUCCACAAGGCGUGGGCGACGCCUACGGCGCGGCGCACUCGCGGACCUACCCCCCCGCCAUCCCGCGGUCGACAGGCAGCGGCAAUGGCGGUGGCCUGUAUCCUCCCAGCGUCAGCCAGCCGCAAGGAGCCGGGUCGUCGAGUGUGCCCAACAGCAUGACCAGCAGUCAAGCAGCCACCAACACGAGCGUCUCGUCUGCGCCCCUGUCCGGCGGCAACCCAGGAGGCAUGUACUCGCAGACCGGCAUGACCGAGAGCCCCAAGGCUCUGAGCCCCGGCAUACCGACAACAGGCCACCAAGACUCGAACCACCAGCGGUCACCCGGAAUCUCUCAGCACAUGCAUCAGCAGCAGCCGCAGCCGCAGCCGCAAAAGGGGGACCGGAGAGAGUCGACAUCUCUCCCCGGUGGUGGCGGGCAGUCGACGACGAAGUCGGCUUCCGGUCUGUCAAACCCAGGAGGGUUCACGGCUGCACCAGCAUUUGGCGGCGCCCCCGCGGGCGGUAACGCCUCGUCCGCCAGCAGUGACAGCCGCAACAUGUUCGCUCAGAGCGACCCGAGCGUGUGGGCGUACAUCCAGGCGCUGGAGGACAAGGUCAAGACAUUGUCUGACAAGGUGGAAUAUCUGGACCAAGAGGUUGCCACUCUCAGGGGUGGUCAGCAGCAGCGUGAUUCUGAGAUGCUUCAGAACUCGUAA